UAUCUAAUUUCAACAUGAUGGCAUUUGACUCUUAAGACCCCCGCAAACUGCGAGAUAUUUUGAAAUAUUUAAAAUUGUUUUCCUACAAUACUUUUAAAACAUGUAUGUAGUUAUCAGUAUGGGUGAUAGUAUGUGAGCUCUAAUGAAACGGAGGUUAACUCAGGGUCGACCACUUGUUGAGUCUCUUUCAUACUGGUUAUAUAUAGAAGCCGGUGCUUUGUAGCCUCAAGUCAAGUAAUAAUACUUUUAUAUAAAUCUAUAUACCUAGAUUUUUUCGGUAUCAUAAUUAGAUACAAUGUCUACAGGAAAUUUAGCACUUUUAAGUGUUUCUGAUAAAACAAACCUUUUGCCAUUUGCAAAGAAAUUACAUGAACUAGGAUUAACUUUAGUUGCUUCUGGUGGAACUGCUAAAUCUUUGAGAGAUGCAGGUCUUCCAGUGGAAGAUGUUUCUAACAUUACUGGAGCUCCAGAGAUGCUUGGUGGACGAGUAAAGACUCUUCAUCCUGCUAUACAUGCUGGUAUAUUGGCUAGAUUGACUGAAUCAGAUCAACAGGAUCUUGUUAAACAAAAUUAUAAGCUUAUUCAAGUUGUUGUAUGCAAUUUAUAUCCAUUUGUAAGUACUAUUUCAAAACCAGAUGUGACAAUUGAUGAUGCAGUAGAAAAUAUAGAUAUAGGUGGAGUAACUUUAUUACGUGCUGCAGCCAAAAAUCAUAAUAGAGUGACAGUUGUUUGCGAUCCUAAAGAUUAUGAACAAAUUGGAAAAGAGAUAGAAGUAUCAGCUAAUAAAGAUACUUCUCUAAAGACUAGACAAGAAUUAGCUCUUAAAGCAUUUACUCAUACAGCAGAGUAUGACAAUGCUAUUUCAGAUUAUUUCCGUAAACAAUACAGUGCUGGAGUUUCUCAGCUAACACUGAGAUAUGGAAUGAAUCCUCAUCAAAAACCAGCACAAAUUUUUACAACUUUAGGCAAAUUACCAUUGACUGUUGUAAAUGGUUCUCCAGGCUUUAUUAACCUGUGUGAUGCUUUGAAUGGUUACCAAUUGGUAAAAGAAUUGAAAGCAGCUUUAAACUUACCAGCUGCAACUUCUUUUAAACAUGUCAGUCCAGCUGGAGCAGCUGUUGGUGUACCAUUAGAUGCGGUGCAGGCAAAGUUAUGUCAGGUAGAUGAUUUAUUGGAUCAACUUACUCCAUUGGCAACUGCUUAUGCACGCGCUAGAGGAGCAGAUAGAAUGUCAAGUUUUGGAGAUUUUGUAGCAUUAUCUGAUCCAUGUGAUGAAGUUACAGCUAGAAUUAUAUCUAGAGAAGUUUCUGAUGGUAUUAUUGCACCGGGUUAUUCGGAAACUGCGCUCCAAAUUUUAAAGAAAAAGAAAAAUGGAGGAUACUGUAUUCUUCAAAUUGAUCCCAGUUAUGAACCAGCUUCAAUGGAACAUAAAGUUUUGUUUGGUUUAACACUGGAACAAAAGCGUAAUGAUGCAGUUAUUAAUAAUCAAACGUUUACCAAUGUGGUAACUAGUAAUGUGAAGACUGUUCCUGAUGCUGCCAUGAGAGAUUUGAUUGUUGCUACCAUUGCUGUAAAAUAUACACAGAGUAACUCAGUGUGUUAUGCAAAAGAUGGACAAAUUAUUGGAAUUGGAGCAGGUCAACAAUCAAGGAUUCAUUGUACAAGACUUGCUGGUGAUAAAGCUGAUAAUUGGUGGUUACGACAACAUCCGAAGGUUAUCAAUAUGAAAUUUAAGAAGGGUGUGAAGAGAGCAGAAAUCUCAAAUGCAAUUGAUAAUUAUGUAAAUGGAACUGUAGGGAAGGAUAUGGAUGAAGCUACUUGGGCAGCUAUGUAUGAAGAAGUUCCACAAAAGCUCACGGAAAAUGAUAGAUUAGAAUGGAUUAAAAAGGCAGAAAAUGUUGCUUUGAGUAGUGAUGCCUUCUUUCCAUUUAGAGACAAUGUGGAUAGAGCCAGAUUGAGCGGUGUUAAAUAUAUUGCAAGUCCUUCUGGUUCUACAAAUGAUCAAUCAGUAAUAGAUGCCUGCAAUGAACACAAAGUUGCGUUAAUUCAUACUAAUUUGAGAUUAUUCCAUCACUAAAUGGAAGGUCGAUUUCAUAAACAACAGUGCAUUCAUAACAGUGUAUCAUAACAAAGAUUAUUUUGUAUACGUAAGAAUAAAUAAAAAGCAAUACCCUCAGUAUA